UCGUCUCUCACCAUUCUCGCCAUCUCGUACCAAAGUUGCUACUGAUCAGAACACAUCGAAUCCCCCAAGCUCCCUACAGAUCGCUUUUACAACCUCAUUAUUUUUACCGUCGCCAAUCACGGCGUAAACACGGAGGAGUCUGUCCCAGAACCCGUGCUGAAGUCUUCUAUGGAUUUUACAAUUAACAACAUUGCUCAAUUCGUCCACACUGGGACGAGAAUAAGAAGAAGAAUCACGUAAAGAAAGAACAUCGCAUACGUCGUAGUGCAUCAAACGGAUAAGCAUAAGAAAUUAGCACCAUGGGCAACAAAGCCAAAUCGCCUGACGAGGGUCACGUCAGUGGACAGUCAAACGUUCCACUGUCGCUGCCACCUCAUAGCCUUACUCUCGCCCAAGUUGUGGACGAAUUGAGCACCGAUACCUGGUCUGGACUCGACGAUGCCGAAGCAAAACGUCGCCUUGAGAAAUAUGGGGCGAACGAACUCGGAGAGAGUGCCGCAGCAUCCCCAGUUCAGAUCUUGAUCGCUCAAGUCGCGAACGCCAUGACUAUGGUCUUGAUCCUGGCUAUGGCUGUCAGCUUCGGUAUUCAAUCUUGGAUCGAAGGCGGUGUUGUCACAUUCGUCAUUCUGCUAAACAUUGUAGUUGGCUUCUUCCAGGAAUGGUCUGCUGAGAAGACAAUGGAUUCUCUCCGGUCAUUGAGCUCACCCACCGCACGAGUAAUUCGUGGUGGACAGCAGUCUACGAUACCUUCUGCUGAUAUCGUGCCCGGAGACGUCAUCGAGAUCAAGACUGGUGACACUCUGCCAGCUGACAUCAGAGUCUUUGAAGCAGUCAAUUUCGAAACAGAUGAAGCGUUGCUCACGGGUGAAUCCUUGCCCGUCCGUAAGACUGAAGAAGCCACCUUCGAGGAGAAGACUGGUCCGGGAGAUCGUCUCAACGUCGCAUAUAGUUCAUCCAAUGUCACGAAAGGUCGUGCCAAAGGUGUCGUUUUCGCAACCGGUGUCUACACAGAAAUUGGCGCCAUCGCAUCUCAACUGCGGGAGUCAGAGUCGAAGGUUCGACCCGUGAAGAAGCGUGGGCCAAAUGGACGCGCUAAACCUCACCGAUACCUCGAAGCUUAUACCCUUACGACCACCGAUGCUAUUGGCCGCUUUCUGGGUCUCAAUGUUGGAACGCCACUGCAAAAGAAGCUGUCCAAAUUGGCCAUGUUGCUGUUUGGUAUAGCAGUGGUUUGCGCUAUCAUCGUACUUGCGGCUAACAAGUUCGAUGCCAAGCAAGAGGUCAUCAUCUAUGCGGUUGCAACUGGCUUGUCCAUGAUACCAGCCAGCUUAGUCGUUGUACUUACAAUUACAAUGGCAGCAGGAACUAAAAGCAUGGUCAAGCGCAACGUUGUGGUGAGAAACCUCAAGUCAUUGGAAGCCCUGGGAGGCGUCACAGACAUUUGUUCUGAUAAGACUGGUACGCUGACGCAGGGCAAAAUGAUUGCUCGUGGUGCCUGGAUACCUGCCGUGGGAACCUACACCAUCGAAAACUCCACUGCGCCACAAGACCCUACUAUCGGUGACGUCCGAUUUCACACAGAAUCGCCAAGCAAGUUCAAUCUAAAGGCUGGUGGAGACGAAUGUGGUGAGCUCGUCGCUUCCGAGGAUCUCCGACCAUCCGCGUCCAAGGGUCUCGAAGAGUUUCUCAACGUUGCUUCGCUAGCCAACUUAGCUGCUGUGAAGAAGAAGGACGAUGGCAACUGGGAAGCCCAUGGCGACCCUACCGAAAUCGCCAUUCAGGUUUUCGCCGCCCGGUUUGGCCUUGACCGCUCACGAAUGACCAAGGGCGACACGGCGAUGUGGGAGGAUCUAGUCGAGCUUCCAUUCGACUCAGAUGUCAAACGUAUGUCGGUCAUCAUGCGACAUGUCAGCGGCAAAUCCCAUGCUUUCACCAAAGGAGCCGUCGAGCGAGUCAUACAGAGCUGCACUUCAGUGGCAACUGGCCCUGAUGAGCUGGGAAGUAUCACUGAGGAGUUCCGUGAAGAAAUAUUACACAACAUGGAAGCGCUCGCCAGUCUUGGACUGCGUGUCUUGGCGCUAGCCAGCAAACCUUUCGAAGAAGAAGUCCAGAAGGGCGCCGAGGUGAAACGUGCGUCUGUUGAAAGCGAACUCGUCUUCCGUGGCCUUAUCGGACUAUACGAUCCUCCACGGCCCGAGUCUGCCCCGGCCGUGCGCCAAUGUCACGAAGCAGGUAUCGAAGUGCAUAUGCUCACUGGUGACCAUCCCGAAACGGCAAAGGCUAUCGCAAUCGAGGUUGGCAUUUUGCCGUCCGUGGAUCGUAUGAAGCGCAUCUCUGAAGAUGUUGCGCAGUGUCUGGUUAUGACAGCUUCUGCCUUUGACAGCCUGAGCGAUGAGCAAGUGGAUGAGCUCCCGGUCCUACCGUUGGUGGUCGCUCGAUGUGCGCCAUCGACCAAGGUUCGUAUGAUUGAAGCUCUCCAUCGUCGAGGUCGUUUCUGCGCGAUGACUGGUGACGGUGUCAACGACUCACCUUCCCUCAAGCGCGCUGAUGUUGGCAUCGCUAUGGGCCAAGCCGGAUCUGAUGUAGCUAAGGAAGCAUCUGACAUCGUACUUACAGAUGACAACUUUGCCUCAAUUCUUGCCGCUAUCGAGGAAGGUCGCCGAAUCUUUGACAAUAUCCAAAAGUUUGUUCUCCACGUCCUGGCCGAGAAUGUCGCGCAAGCCGGAACCCUCCUUGUCGGUUUGGCGUUCAAAGACAGCACCGGCUUAUCCGUGUUCCCACUUGCCCCGGUCCAGGUGGUUUGGAUCAUUAUGGCCACAUCUGGCAUGCCAGAUAUGGGUCUGGGAUUCGAGCGCGCCGUGCCCGACAUCCUUCAGCGUCCACCGCAGUCUCUGAAGACCGGUAUCUUCACCAUGGAAUUCCUGGUCGAUAUGGUCGUUUACGGGCUGUGGAUCACUGCGCUCUGCCUUGCCAGCUUCACGCUUGUUGUCUUUGGAUUCGGCGACGGCAACCUUGGCGUUGGUUGUAACGAAGGCUACAAUGAAUCGUGUGAACUGGUUUUCCGUGCACGCGCUACGACAUUCGCAUGCUUAACGUGGUUUGCCCUGUUUCUAGCGUGGGAAAUGGUUGACAUGAGACGUUCGUUUUUCCGCAUGCAGCCAGGAUCCAAACGUUACUUCACACAGUGGAUGAUCGACGUUUGGCGGAACCAGUUCCUUUUUUGGGCUAUUGUUGCUGGCUUUGCGACACUGUUCCCGCUAAUCUACAUUCCUGUUCUCAACACUGUUGUGUUCAAACAUGCUCCCAUCGACUGGGAGUGGGGAGUGGUGUUUGUUGAGGCUGGUCUGUUUUUCGCAGGUGUCGAGAGCUGGAAGUGGUGUAAGCGUGUAUACUUCCGCCGCCAGGCACGUGGAUCGCUUGGUGCUGAUCACAAGAACUUGGAGAUCGAAGAUCGCGUGUUCGGUCGUUACUACACUAGCGAGACCAUUAUGUCGCAAGAGUCGACGAAAGAGAAGGUGUGAGCAAGACUGUCGGCAAAACAAAGGCCGUCGAUGUCAAAUUUGGGGAUUCAACUCACCCAAAUCGGAGAUGUUAGGAUUGUGCUGCGUCAUUAUUCAUUUCUUUACCAAAAUUGUGUUGUCCAGAUAGCCCGAAAGAUAAAUUAACUUCGUCACUCAUUACAAAAACGGCCUUGAAGGGCCCUGUAAAGGACAUGUCCACGCCUGAUUUUCC